AUGCUCCCUUCAUCAUUCAUGCUCCCUUCAUCAUUCAUGCUCCCUUCAUCAUCCAUGCUCCCUUCAUCAUUCAUGCUCCCUUCAUCAUUCAUGCUCCCUUCAUCAUCCAUGCUCCCUUCAUCAUUCAUGCUCCCUUCAUCAUUCAUGCUCCCUUCAUCAUUCAUGCUCCCUUCAUCAUUCAUGCUCCCUUCAUCAUUCAUGCUCCCUUCAUCAUCCAUGCUCCCUUCAUCAUUCAUGCUCCCUUCAUCAUCCAUGCUCCCUUCAUCAUUCAUGCUCCCUUCAUCAUUCAUGCUCCCUUCAUCAUCCAUGCUCCCUUCAUCAUUCAUGCUCCCUUCAUCAUUCAUGCUCCCUUCAUCAUUCAUGCUCCCUUCAUCAUCCAUGCUCCCUUCAUCAUCCAUGCUCCCUUCAUCAUCCAUGCUCCCUUCAUCAUUCAUGCUCCCUUCAUCAUUCAUGCUCCCUUCAUCAUCCAUGCUCCCUUCAUCAUUCAUGCUCCCUUCAUCAUUCAUGCUCCCUUCAUCAUUCAUGCUCCCUUCAUCAUUCAUGCUCCCUUCAUCAUUCAUGCUCCCUUCAUCAUUCAUGCUCCCUUCAUCAUUCAUGCUCCCUUCAUCAUUCAUGCUCCCUUCAUCAUCCAUGCUCCCUUCAUCAUCCAUGCUCCCUUCAUCAUUCAUGCUCCCUUCAUCAUUCAUGCUCCCUUCAUCAUUCAUGCUCCCUUCAUCAUUCAUGCUCCCUUCAUCAUUCAUGCUCCCUUCAUCAUUCAUGCUCCCUUCAUCAUCCAUGCUCCCUUCAUCAUUCAUGCUCCCUUCAUCAUUCAUGCUCCCUUCAUCAUUCAUGCUCCCUUCAUCAUCCAUGCUCCCUUCAUCAUCCAUGCUCCCUUCAUCAUCCAUGCUCCCUUCAUCAUUCAUGCUCCCUUCAUCAUCCAUGCUCCCUUCAUCAUCCAUGCUCCCUUCAUCAUUCAUGCUCCCUUCAUCAUUCAUGCUCCCUUCAUCAUUCAUGCUCCCUUCAUCAUUCAUGCUCCCUUCAUCAUUCAUGCUCCCUUCAUCAUCCAUGCUCCCUUCAUCAUCCAUGCUCCCUUCAUCAUCCAUGCUCCCUUCAUCAUCCAUGCUCCCUUCAUCAUCCAUGCUCCCUUCAUCAUUCAUGCUCCCUUCAUCAUUCAUGCUCCCUUCAUCAUUCAUGCUCCCUUCAUCAUUCAUGCUCCCUUCAUCAUUCAUGCUCCCUUCAUCAUUCAUGCUCCCUUCAUCAUUCAUGCUCCCUUCAUCAUUCAUGCUCCCUUCAUCAUUCAUGCUCCCUUCAUCAUCCAUGCUCCCUUCAUCAUCCAUGCUCCCUUCAUCAUCCAUGCUCCCUUCAUCAUCCAUGCUCCCUUCAUCAUCCAUGCUCCCUUCAUCAUUCAUGCUCCCUUCAUCAUUCAUGCUCCCUUCAUCAUUCAUGCUCCCUUCAUCAUUCAUGCUCCCUUCAUCAUUCAUGCUCCCUUCAUCAUUCAUGCUCCCUUCAUCAUUCAUGCUCCCUUCAUCAUUCAUGCUCCCUUCAUCAUCCAUGCUCCCUUCAUCAUCCAUGCUCCCUUCAUCAUUCAUGCUCCCUUCAUCAUUCAUGCUCCCUUCAUCAUUCAUGCUCCCUUCAUCAUUCAUGCUCCCUUCAUCAUUCAUGCUCCCUUCAUCAUUCAUGCUCCCUUCAUCAUUCAUGCUCCCUUCAUCAUUCAUGCUCCCUUCAUCAUUCAUGCUCCCUUCAUCAUUCAUGCUCCCUUCAUCAUUCAUGCUCCCUUCAUCAUCCAUGCUCCCUUCAUCAUCCAUGCUCCCUUCAUCAUCCAUGCUCCCUUCAUCAUCCAUGCUCCCUUCAUCAUUCAUGCUCCCUUCAUCAUUCAUGCUCCCUUCAUCAUCCAUGCUCCCUUCAUCAUUCAUGCUCCCUUCAUCAUUCAUGCUCCCUUCAUCAUUCAUGCUCCCUUCAUCAUUCAUGCUCCCUUCAUCAUUCAUGCUCCCUUCAUCAUUCAUGCUCCCUUCAUCAUUCAUGCUCCCUUCAUCAUUCAUGCUCCCUUCAUCAUUCAUGCUCCCUUCAUCAUUCAUGCUCCCUUCAUCAUCCAUGCUCCCUUCAUCAUCCAUGCUCCCUUCAUCAUUCAUGCUCCCUUCAUCAUUCAUGCUCCCUUCAUCAUUCAUGCUCCCUUCAUCAUUCAUGCUCCCUUCAUCAUUCAUGCUCCCUUCAUCAUUCAUGCUCCCUUCAUCAUUCAUGCUCCCUUCAUCAUCCAUGCUCCCUUCAUCAUCCAUGCUCCCUUCAUCAUCCAUGCUCCCUUCAUCAUUCAUGCUCCCUUCAUCAUUCAUGCUCCCUUCAUCAUUCAUGCUCCCUUCAUCAUUCAUGCUCCCUUCAUCAUUCAUGCUCCCUUCAUCAUUCAUGCUCCCUUCAUCAUUCAUGCUCCCUUCAUCAUCCAUGCUCCCUUCAUCAUUCAUGCUCCCUUCAUCAUUCAUGCUCCCUUCAUCAUUCAUGCUCCCUUCAUCAUUCAUGCUCCCUUCAUCAUCCAUGCUCCCUUCAUCAUCCAUGCUCCCUUCAUCAUUCAUGCUCCCUUCAUCAUUCAUGCUCCCUUCAUCAUUCAUGCUCCCUUCAUCAUCCAUGCUCCCUUCAUCAUUCAUGCUCCCUUCAUCAUUCAUGCUCCCUUCAUCAUUCAUGCUCCCUUCAUCAUCCAUGCUCCCUUCAUCAUCCAUGCUCCCUUCAUCAUCCAUGCUCCCUUCAUCAUUCAUGCUCCCUUCAUCAUCCAUGCUCCCUUCAUCAUUCAUGCUCCCUUCAUCAUUCAUGCUCCCUUCAUCAUUCAUGCUCCCUUCAUCAUUCAUGCUCCCUUCAUCAUUCAUGCUCCCUUCAUCAUUCAUGCUCCCUUCAUCAUUCAUGCUCCCUUCAUCAUCCAUGCUCCCUUCAUCAUCCAUGCUCCCUUCAUCAUUCAUGCUCCCUUCAUCAUUCAUGCUCCCUUCAUCAUCCAUGCUCCCUUCAUCAUCCAUGCUCCCUUCAUCAUUCAUGCUCCCUUCAUCAUUCAUGCUCCCUUCAUCAUUCAUGCUCCCUUCAUCAUUCAUGCUCCCUUCAUCAUUCAUGCUCCCUUCAUCAUUCAUGCUCCCUUCAUCAUUCAUGCUCCCUUCAUCAUUCAUGCUCCCUUCAUCAUUCAUGCUCCCUUCAUCAUUCAUGCUCCCUUCAUCAUUCAUGCUCCCUUCAUCAUCCAUGCUCCCUUCAUCAUUCAUGCUCCCUUCAUCAUCCAUGCUCCCUUCAUCAUUCAUGCUCCCUUCAUCAUUCAUGCUCCCUUCAUCAUUCAUGCUCCCUUCAUCAUUCAUGCUCCCUUCAUCAUUCAUGCUCCCUUCAUCAUCCAUGCUCCCUUCAUCAUUCAUGCUCCCUUCAUCAUCCAUGCUCCCUUCAUCAUCCAUGCUCCCUUCAUCAUUCAUGCUCCCUUCAUCAUUCAUGCUCCCUUCAUCAUUCAUGCUCCCUUCAUCAUUCAUGCUCCCUUCAUCAUUCAUGCUCCCUUCAUCAUUCAUGCUCCCUUCAUCAUUCAUGCUCCCUUCAUCAUCCAUGCUCCCUUCAUCAUUCAUGCUCCCUUCAUCAUUCAUGCUCCCUUCAUCAUUCAUGCUCCCUUCAUCAUUCAUGCUCCCUUCAUCAUCCAUGCUCCCUUCAUCAUCCAUGCUCCCUUCAUCAUUCAUGCUCCCUUCAUCAUUCAUGCUCCCUUCAUCAUCCAUGCUCCCUUCAUCAUUCAUGCUCCCUUCAUCAUUCAUGCUCCCUUCAUCAUUCAUGCUCCCUUCAUCAUCCAUGCUCCCUUCAUCAUCCAUGCUCCCUUCAUCAUCCAUGCUCCCUUCAUCAUUCAUGCUCCCUUCAUCAUUCAUGCUCCCUUCAUCAUUCAUGCUCCCUUCAUCAUCCAUGCUCCCUUCAUCAUUCAUGCUCCCUUCAUCAUUCAUGCUCCCUUCAUCAUUCAUGCUCCCUUCAUCAUUCAUGCUCCCUUCAUCAUCCAUGCUCCCUUCAUCAUCCAUGCUCCCUUCAUCAUCCAUGCUCCCUUCAUCAUCCAUGCUCCCUUCAUCAUUCAUGCUCCCUUCAUCAUUCAUGCUCCCUUCAUCAUUCAUGCUCCCUUCAUCAUUCAUGCUCCCUUCAUCAUUCAUGCUCCCUUCAUCAUUCAUGCUCCCUUCAUCAUCCAUGCUCCCUUCAUCAUCCAUGCUCCCUUCAUCAUUCAUGCUCCCUUCAUCAUUCAUGCUCCCUUCAUCAUUCAUGCUCCCUUCAUCAUUCAUGCUCCCUUCAUCAUUCAUGCUCCCUUCAUCAUCCAUGCUCCCUUCAUCAUUCAUGCUCCCUUCAUCAUCCAUGCUCCCUUCAUCAUCCAUGCUCCCUUCAUCAUUCAUGCUCCCUUCAUCAUUCAUGCUCCCUUCAUCAUUCAUGCUCCCUUCAUCAUUCAUGCUCCCUUCAUCAUUCAUGCUCCCUUCAUCAUUCAUGCUCCCUUCAUCAUUCAUGCUCCCUUCAUCAUCCAUGCUCCCUUCAUCAUUCAUGCUCCCUUCAUCAUUCAUGCUCCCUUCAUCAUCCAUGCUCCCUUCAUCAUCCAUGCUCCCUUCAUCAUCCAUGCUCCCUUCAUCAUUCAUGCUCCCUUCAUCAUCCAUGCUCCCUUCAUCAUCCAUGCUCCCUUCAUCAUUCAUGCUCCCUUCAUCAUUCAUGCUCCCUUCAUCAUUCAUGCUCCCUUCAUCAUCCAUGCUCCCUUCAUCAUCCAUGCUCCCUUCAUCAUCCAUGCUCCCUUCAUCAUUCAUGCUCCCUUCAUCAUCCAUGCUCCCUUCAUCAUCCAUGCUCCCUUCAUCAUUCAUGCUCCCUUCAUCAUUCAUGCUCCCUUCAUCAUUCAUGCUCCCUUCAUCAUUCAUGCUCCCUUCAUCAUUCAUGCUCCCUUCAUCAUUCAUGCUCCCUUCAUCAUUCAUGCUCCCUUCAUCAUUCAUGCUCCCUUCAUCAUUCAUGCUCCCUUCAUCAUCCAUGCUCCCUUCAUCAUUCAUGCUCCCUUCAUCAUUCAUGCUCCCUUCAUCAUUCAUGCUCCCUUCAUCAUUCAUGCUCCCUUCAUCAUCCAUGCUCCCUUCAUCAUCCAUGCUCCCUUCAUCAUUCAUGCUCCCUUCAUCAUCAUGCUUCCUUCAUCAUCCAUGCUCCCUCAUCAUUCAUGCUCCCUUCAUCAUUCAUGCUCCCUUCAUCAUUCAUGCUCCCUUCAUCAUUCAUGCUCCCUUCAUCAUUCAUGCUCCCUUCAUCAUUCAUGCUCCCUUCAUCAUUCAUGCUCCCUUCAUCAUCCAUGCUCCCUUCAUCAUUCAUGCUCCCUUCAUCAUUCAUGCUCCCUUCAUCAUUCAUGCUCCCUUCAUCAUCCAUGCUCCCUUCAUCAUUCAUGCUCCCUUCAUCAUCCAUGCUCCCUUCAUCAUCCAUGCUCCCUUCAUCAUCCAUGCUCCCUUCAUCAUUCAUGCUCCCUUCAUCAUUCAUGCUCCCUUCAUCAUCCAUGCUCCCUUCAUCAUCCAUGCUCCCUUCAUCAUCCAUGCUCCCUUCAUCAUCCAUGCUCCCUUCAUCAUUCAUGCUCCCUUCAUCAUCCAUGCUCCCUUCAUCAUCCAUGCUCCCUUCAUCAUUCAUGCUCCCUUCAUCAUUCAUGCUCCCUUCAUCAUUCAUGCUCCCUUCAUCAUUCAUGCUCCCUUCAUCAUUCAUGCUCCCUUCAUCAUCCAUGCUCCCUUCAUCAUCCAUGCUCCCUUCAUCAUUCAUGCUCCCUUCAUCAUUCAUGCUCCCUUCAUCAUCCAUGCUCCCUUCAUCAUCCAUGCUCCCUUCAUCAUCCAUGCUCCCUUCAUCAUUCAUGCUCCCUUCAUCAUUCAUGCUCCCUUCAUCAUCCAUGCUCCCUUCAUCAUCCAUGCUCCCUUCAUCAUUCAUGCUCCCUUCAUCAUUCAUGCUCCCUUCAUCAUUCAUGCUCCCUUCAUCAUUCAUGCUCCCUUCAUCAUUCAUGCUCCCUUCAUCAUUCAUGCUCCCUUCAUCAUUCAUGCUCCCUUCAUCAUCCAUGCUCCCUUCAUCAUCCAUGCUCCCUUCAUCAUCCAUGCUCCCUUCAUCAUUCAUGCUCCCUUCAUCAUUCAUGCUCCCUUCAUCAUUCAUGCUCCCUUCAUCAUUCAUGCUCCCUUCAUCAUUCAUGCUCCCUUCAUCAUUCAUGCUCCCUUCAUCAUCCAUGCUCCCUUCAUCAUCCAUGCUCCCUUCAUCAUUCAUGCUCCCUUCAUCAUUCAUGCUCCCUUCAUCAUUCAUGCUCCCUUCAUCAUUCAUGCUCCCUUCAUCAUCCAUGCUCCCUUCAUCAUCCAUGCUCCCUUCAUCAUUCAUGCUCCCUUCAUCAUUCAUGCUCCCUUCAUCAUUCAUGCUCCCUUCAUCAUCCAUGCUCCCUUCAUCAUUCAUGCUCCCUUCAUCAUUCAUGCUCCCUUCAUCAUUCAUGCUCCCUUCAUCAUCCAUGCUCCCUUCAUCAUCCAUGCUCCCUUCAUCAUCCAUGCUCCCUUCAUCAUUCAUGCUCCCUUCAUCAUUCAUGCUCCCUUCAUCAUCCAUGCUCCCUUCAUCAUUCAUGCUCCCUUCAUCAUUCAUGCUCCCUUCAUCAUUCAUGCUCCCUUCAUCAUUCAUGCUCCCUUCAUCAUUCAUGCUCCCUUCAUCAUUCAUGCUCCCUUCAUCAUCCAUGCUCCCUUCAUCAUCCAUGCUCCCUUCAUCAUUCAUGCUCCCUUCAUCAUUCAUGCUCCCUUCAUCAUCCAUGCUCCCUUCAUCAUCCAUGCUCCCUUCAUCAUCCAUGCUCCCUUCAUCAUCCAUGCUCCCUUCAUCAUUCAUGCUCCCUUCAUCAUUCAUGCUCCCUUCAUCAUCCAUGCUCCCUUCAUCAUUCAUGCUCCCUUCAUCAUUCAUGCUCCCUUCAUCAUUCAUGCUCCCUUCAUCAUUCAUGCUCCCUUCAUCAUUCAUGCUCCCUUCAUCAUUCAUGCUCCCUUCAUCAUCCAUGCUCCCUUCAUCAUUCAUGCUCCCUUCAUCAUCCAUGCUCCCUUCAUCAUCCAUGCUCCCUUCAUCAUUCAUGCUCCCUUCAUCAUUCAUGCUCCCUUCAUCAUUCAUGCUCCCUUCAUCAUUCAUGCUCCCUUCAUCAUUCAUGCUCCCUUCAUCAUCCAUGCUCCCUUCAUCAUCCAUGCUCCCUUCAUCAUCCAUGCUCCCUUCAUCAUUCAUGCUCCCUUCAUCAUUCAUGCUCCCUUCAUCAUUCAUGCUCCCUUCAUCAUUCAUGCUCCCUUCAUCAUUCAUGCUCCCUUCAUCAUUCAUGCUCCCUUCAUCAUUCAUGCUCCCUUCAUCAUCCAUGCUCCCUUCAUCAUUCAUGCUCCCUUCAUCAUUCAUGCUCCCUUCAUCAUUCAUGCUCCCUUCAUCAUCCAUGCUCCCUUCAUCAUCCAUGCUCCCUUCAUCAUCCAUGCUCCCUUCAUCAUUCAUGCUCCCUUCAUCAUUCAUGCUCCCUUCAUCAUCCAUGCUCCCUUCAUCAUUCAUGCUCCCUUCAUCAUUCAUGCUCCCUUCAUCAUUCAUGCUCCCUUCAUCAUCCAUGCUCCCUUCAUCAUCCAUGCUCCCUUCAUCAUCCAUGCUCCCUUCAUCAUUCAUGCUCCCUUCAUCAUCCAUGCUCCCUUCAUCAUUCAUGCUCCCUUCAUCAUCCAUGCUCCCUUCAUCAUUCAUGCUCCCUUCAUCAUUCAUGCUCCCUUCAUCAUUCAUGCUCCCUUCAUCAUUCAUGCUCCCUUCAUCAUUCAUGCUCCCUUCAUCAUCCAUGCUCCCUUCAUCAUCCAUGCUCCCUUCAUCAUCCAUGCUCCCUUCAUCAUCCAUGCUCCCUUCAUCAUUCAUGCUCCCUUCAUCAUUCAUGCUCCCUUCAUCAUUCAUGCUCCCUUCAUCAUUCAUGCUCCCUUCAUCAUUCAUGCUCCCUUCAUCAUUCAUGCUCCCUUCAUCAUUCAUGCUCCCUUCAUCAUCCAUGCUCCCUUCAUCAUUCAUGCUCCCUUCAUCAUUCAUGCUCCCUUCAUCAUUCAUGCUCCCUUCAUCAUUCAUGCUCCCUUCAUCAUCCAUGCUCCCUUCAUCAUUCAUGCUCCCUUCAUCAUCCAUGCUCCCUUCAUCAUCCAUGCUCCCUUCAUCAUUCAUGCUCCCUUCAUCAUUCAUGCUCCCUUCAUCAUUCAUGCUCCCUUCAUCAUUCAUGCUCCCUUCAUCAUUCAUGCUCCCUUCAUCAUUCAUGCUCCCUUCAUCAUUCAUGCUCCCUUCAUCAUCCAUGCUCCCUUCAUCAUUCAUGCUCCCUUCAUCAUUCAUGCUCCCUUCAUCAUUCAUGCUCCCUUCAUCAUUCAUGCUCCCUUCAUCAUCCAUGCUCCCUUCAUCAUCCAUGCUCCCUUCAUCAUUCAUGCUCCCUUCAUCAUUCAUGCUCCCUUCAUCAUCCAUGCUCCCUUCAUCAUUCAUGCUCCCUUCAUCAUUCAUGCUCCCUUCAUCAUUCAUGCUCCCUUCAUCAUCCAUGCUCCCUUCAUCAUCCAUGCUCCCUUCAUCAUCCAUGCUCCCUUCAUCAUUCAUGCUCCCUUCAUCAUUCAUGCUCCCUUCAUCAUCCAUGCUCCCUUCAUCAUUCAUGCUCCCUUCAUCAUUCAUGCUCCCUUCAUCAUUCAUGCUCCCUUCAUCAUUCAUGCUCCCUUCAUCAUUCAUGCUCCCUUCAUCAUUCAUGCUCCCUUCAUCAUUCAUGCUCCCUUCAUCAUUCAUGCUCCCUUCAUCAUUCAUGCUCCCUUCAUCAUCCAUGCUCCCUUCAUCAUUCAUGCUCCCUUCAUCAUUCAUGCUCCCUUCAUCAUUCAUGCUCCCUUCAUCAUUCAUGCUCCCUUCAUCAUCCAUGCUCCCUUCAUCAUCCAUGCUCCCUUCAUCAUUCAUGCUCCCUUCAUCAUUCAUGCUCCCUUCAUCAUCCAUGCUCCCUUCAUCAUUCAUGCUCCCUUCAUCAUUCAUGCUCCCUUCAUCAUUCAUGCUCCCUUCAUCAUCCAUGCUCCCUUCAUCAUCCAUGCUCCCUUCAUCAUCCAUGCUCCCUUCAUCAUUCAUGCUCCCUUCAUCAUUCAUGCUCCCUUCAUCAUCCAUGCUCCCUUCAUCAUUCAUGCUCCCUUCAUCAUUCAUGCUCCCUUCAUCAUUCAUGCUCCCUUCAUCAUUCAUGCUCCCUUCAUCAUCAUGCCCUUCAUCAUUCAUGCUCCCUUCAUCAUCCAUGCUCCCUUCAUCAUCCAUGCUCCCUUCAUCAUUCAUGCUCCCUUCAUCAUUCAUGCUCCCUUCAUCAUUCAUGCUCCCUUCAUCAUUCAUGCUCCCUUCAUCAUCCAUGCUCCCUUCAUCAUUCAUGCUCCCUUCAUCAUCCAUGCUCCCUUCAUCAUCCAUGCUCCCUUCAUCAUUCAUGCUCCCUUCAUCAUUCAUGCUCCCUUCAUCAUUCAUGCUCCCUUCAUCAUUCAUGCUCCCUUCAUCAUUCAUGCUCCCUUCAUCAUUCAUGCUCCCUUCAUCAUUCAUGCUCCCUUCAUCAUUCAUGCUCCCUUCAUCAUUCAUGCUCCCUUCAUCAUUCAUGCUCCCUUCAUCAUCCAUGCUCCCUUCAUCAUCCAUGCUCCCUUCAUCAUCCAUGCUCCCUUCAUCAUCCAUGCUCCCUUCAUCAUUCAUGCUCCCUUCAUCAUUCAUGCUCCCUUCAUCAUUCAUGCUCCCUUCAUCAUUCAUGCUCCCUUCAUCAUUCAUGCUCCCUUCAUCAUUCAUGCUCCCUUCAUCAUUCAUGCUCCCUUCAUCAUUCAUGCUCCCUUCAUCAUUCAUGCUCCCUUCAUCAUCCAUGCUCCCUUCAUCAUCCAUGCUCCCUUCAUCAUCCAUGCUCCCUUCAUCAUCCAUGCUCCCUUCAUCAUCCAUGCUCCCUUCAUCAUCAUUCUGCUCCUUCAUCACAUGCUCCCUUCAUCAUCCAUGCUCCCUUCAUCAUUCAUGCUCCCUUCAUCAUUCAUGCUCCCUUCAUCAUUCAUGCUCCCUUCAUCAUUCAUGCUCCCUUCAUCAUUCAUGCUCCCUUCAUCAUUCAUGCUCCCUUCAUCAUUCAUGCUCCCUUCAUCAUUCAUGCUCCCUUCAUCAUUCAUGCUCCCUUCAUCAUCCAUGCUCCCUUCAUCAUCCAUGCUCCCUUCAUCAUUCAUGCUCCCUUCAUCAUCCAUGCUCCCUUCAUCAUCCAUGCUCCCUUCAUCAUCCAUGCUCCCUUCAUCAUUCAUGCUCCCUUCAUCAUUCAUGCUCCCUUCAUCAUUCAUGCUCCCUUCAUCAUUCAUGCUCCCUUCAUCAUUCAUGCUCCCUUCAUCAUCCAUGCUCCCUUCAUCAUCCAUGCUCCCUUCAUCAUCCAUGCUCCCUUCAUCAUCCAUGCUCCCUUCAUCAUCCAUGCUCCCUUCAUCAUUCAUGCUCCCUUCAUCAUUCAUGCUCCCUUCAUCAUCCAUGCUCCCUUCAUCAUCCAUGCUCCCUUCAUCAUCCAUGCUCCCUUCAUCAUCCAUGCUCCCUUCAUCAUUCAUGCUCCCUUCAUCAUUCAUGCUCCCUUCAUCAUCCAUGCUCCCUUCAUCAUUCAUGCUCCCUUCAUCAUCCAUGCUCCCUUCAUCAUUCAUGCUCCCUUCAUCAUUCAUGCUCCCUUCAUCAUCCAUGCUCCCUUCAUCAUUCAUGCUCCCUUCAUCAUUCAUGCUCCCUUCAUCAUUCAUGCUCCCUUCAUCAUCCAUGCUCCCUUCAUCAUUCAUGCUCCCUUCAUCAUUCAUGCUCCCUUCAUCAUUCAUGCUCCCUUCAUCAUUCAUGCUCCCUUCAUCAUUCAUGCUCCCUUCAUCAUUCAUGCUCCCUUCAUCAUUCAUGCUCCCUUCAUCAUCCAUGCUCCCUUCAUCAUCCAUGCUCCCUUCAUCAUCCAUGCUCCCUUCAUCAUUCAUGCUCCCUUCAUCAUUCAUGCUCCCUUCAUCAUUCAUGCUCCCUUCAUCAUUCAUGCUCCCUUCAUCAUUCAUGCUCCCUUCAUCAUUCAUGCUCCCUUCAUCAUCCAUGCUCCCUUCAUCAUUCAUGCUCCCUUCAUCAUCCAUGCUCCCUUCAUCAUCCAUGCUCCCUUCAUCAUCCAUGCUCCCUUCAUCAUUCAUGCUCCCUUCAUCAUUCAUGCUCCCUUCAUCAUUCAUGCUCCCUUCAUCAUUCAUGCUCCCUUCAUCAUCCAUGCUCCCUUCAUCAUCCAUGCUCCCUUCAUCAUUCAUGCUCCCUUCAUCAUUCAUGCUCCCUUCAUCAUUCAUGCUCCCUUCAUCAUUCAUGCUCCCUUCAUCAUUCAUGCUCCCUUCAUCAUUCAUGCUCCCUUCAUCAUUCAUGCUCCCUUCAUCAUUCAUGCUCCCUUCAUCAUUCAUGCUCCCUUCAUCAUCCAUGCUCCCUUCAUCAUCCAUGCUCCCUUCAUCAUUCAUGCUCCCUUCAUCAUCCAUGCUCCCUUCAUCAUCCAUGCUCCCUUCAUCAUUCAUGCUCCCUUCAUCAUCCAUGCUCCCUUCAUCAUCCAUGCUCCCUUCAUCAUUCAUGCUCCCUUCAUCAUUCAUGCUCCCUUCAUCAUUCAUGCUCCCUUCAUCAUUCAUGCUCCCUUCAUCAUUCAUGCUCCCUUCAUCAUUCAUGCUCCCUUCAUCAUUCAUGCUCCCUUCAUCAUCCAUGCUCCCUUCAUCAUUCAUGCUCCCUUCAUCAUUCAUGCUCCCUUCAUCAUUCAUGCUCCCUUCAUCAUCCAUGCUCCCUUCAUCAUUCAUGCUCCCUUCAUCAUCCAUGCUCCCUUCAUCAUCCAUGCUCCCUUCAUCAUCCAUGCUCCCUUCAUCAUUCAUGCUCCCUUCAUCAUUCAUGCUCCCUUCAUCAUCCAUGCUCCCUUCAUCAUCCAUGCUCCCUUCAUCAUCCAUGCUCCCUUCAUCAUCCAUGCUCCCUUCAUCAUUCAUGCUCCCUUCAUCAUCCAUGCUCCCUUCAUCAUCCAUGCUCCCUUCAUCAUUCAUGCUCCCUUCAUCAUUCAUGCUCCCUUCAUCAUUCAUGCUCCCUUCAUCAUUCAUGCUCCCUUCAUCAUUCAUGCUCCCUUCAUCAUUCAUGCUCCCUUCAUCAUUCAUGCUCCCUUCAUCAUUCAUGCUCCCUUCAUCAUUCAUGCUCCCUUCAUCAUUCAUGCUCCCUUCAUCAUCCAUGCUCCCUUCAUCAUCCAUGCUCCCUUCAUCAUCCAUGCUCCCUUCAUCAUUCAUGCUCCCUUCAUCAUCCAUGCUCCCUUCAUCAUCCAUGCUCCCUUCAUCAUUCAUGCUCCCUUCAUCAUUCAUGCUCCCUUCAUCAUUCAUGCUCCCUUCAUCAUUCAUGCUCCCUUCAUCAUUCAUGCUCCCUUCAUCAUCCAUGCUCCCUUCAUCAUCCAUGCUCCCUUCAUCAUCCAUGCUCCCUUCAUCAUUCAUGCUCCCUUCAUCAUUCAUGCUCCCUUCAUCAUCCAUGCUCCCUUCAUCAUCCAUGCUCCCUUCAUCAUUCAUGCUCCCUUCAUCAUUCAUGCUCCCUUCAUCAUUCAUGCUCCCUUCAUCAUUCAUGCUCCCUUCAUCAUUCAUGCUCCCUUCAUCAUUCAUGCUCCCUUCAUCAUUCAUGCUCCCUUCAUCAUCCAUGCUCCCUUCAUCAUUCAUGCUCCCUUCAUCAUUCAUGCUCCCUUCAUCAUUCAUGCUCCCUUCAUCAUCCAUGCUCCCUUCAUCAUCCAUGCUCCCUUCAUCAUCCAUGCUCCCUUCAUCAUCCAUGCUCCCUUCAUCAUCCAUGCUCCCUUCAUCAUUCAUGCUCCCUUCAUCAUUCAUGCUCCCUUCAUCAUCCAUGCUCCCUUCAUCAUCCAUGCUCCCUUCAUCAUUCAUGCUCCCUUCAUCAUCCAUGCUCCCUUCAUCAUCCAUGCUCCCUUCAUCAUUCAUGCUCCCUUCAUCAUUCAUGCUCCCUUCAUCAUCCAUGCUCCCUUCAUCAUCCAUGCUCCCUUCAUCAUUCAUGCUCCCUUCAUCAUUCAUGCUCCCUUCAUCAUCCAUGCUCCCUUCAUCAUUCAUGCUCCCUUCAUCAUUCAUGCUCCCUUCAUCAUUCAUGCUCCCUUCAUCAUUCAUGCUCCCUUCAUCAUCCAUGCUCCCUUCAUCAUCCAUGCUCCCUUCAUCAUUCAUGCUCCCUUCAUCAUUCAUGCUCCCUUCAUCAUCCAUGCUCCCUUCAUCAUCCAUGCUCCCUUCAUCAUCCAUGCUCCCUUCAUCAUUCAUGCUCCCUUCAUCAUCCAUGCUCCCUUCAUCAUCCAUGCUCCCUUCAUCAUUCAUGCUCCCUUCAUCAUUCAUGCUCCCUUCAUCAUCCAUGCUCCCUUCAUCAUCCAUGCUCCCUUCAUCAUUCAUGCUCCCUUCAUCAUUCAUGCUCCCUUCAUCAUCCAUGCUCCCUUCAUCAUCCAUGCUCCCUUCAUCAUCCAUGCUCCCUUCAUCAUUCAUGCUCCCUUCAUCAUCCAUGCUCCCUUCAUCAUCCAUGCUCCCUUCAUCAUCCAUGCUCCCUUCAUCAUCCAUGCUCCCUUCAUCAUCCAUGCUCCCUUCAUCAUUCAUGCUCCCUUCAUCAUUCAUGCUCCCUUCAUCAUUCAUGCUCCCUUCAUCAUCCAUGCUCCCUUCAUCAUUCAUGCUCCCUUCAUCAUCCAUGCUCCCUUCAUCAUUCAUGCUCCCUUCAUCAUCCAUGCUCCCUUCAUCAUCCAUGCUCCCUUCAUCAUUCAUGCUCCCUUCAUCAUCCAUGCUCCCUUCAUCAUUCAUGCUCCCUUCAUCAUUCAUGCUCCCUUCAUCAUCCAUGCUCCCUUCAUCAUUCAUGCUCCCUUCAUCAUUCAUGCUCCCUUCAUCAUCCAUGCUCCCUUCAUCAUCCAUGCUCCCUUCAUCAUCCAUGCUCCCUUCAUCAUUCAUGCUCCCUUCAUCAUUCAUGCUCCCUUCAUCAUUCAUGCUCCCUUCAUCAUCCAUGCUCCCUUCAUCAUUCAUGCUCCCUUCAUCAUCCAUGCUCCCUUCAUCAUCCAUGCUCCCUUCAUCAUCCAUGCUCCCUUCAUCAUUCAUGCUCCCUUCAUCAUUCAUGCUCCCUUCAUCAUUCAUGCUCCCUUCAUCAUUCAUGCUCCCUUCAUCAUCCAUGCUCCCUUCAUCAUCCAUGCUCCCUUCAUCAUUCAUGCUCCCUUCAUCAUUCAUGCUCCCUUCAUCAUCCAUGCUCCCUUCAUCAUCCAUGCUCCCUUCAUCAUCCAUGCUCCCUUCAUCAUUCAUGCUCCCUUCAUCAUUCAUGCUCCCUUCAUCAUCCAUGCUCCCUUCAUCAUUCAUGCUCCCUUCAUCAUUCAUGCUCCCUUCAUCAUUCAUGCUCCCUUCAUCAUUCAUGCUCCCUUCAUCAUCCAUGCUCCCUUCAUCAUCCAUGCUCCCUUCAUCAUUCAUGCUCCCUUCAUCAUUCAUGCUCCCUUCAUCAUCCAUGCUCCCUUCAUCAUCCAUGCUCCCUUCAUCAUCCAUGCUCCCUUCAUCAUUCAUGCUCCCUUCAUCAUCCAUGCUCCCUUCAUCAUCCAUGCUCCCUUCAUCAUUCAUGCUCCCUUCAUCAUUCAUGCUCCCUUCAUCAUCCAUGCUCCCUUCAUCAUCCAUGCUCCCUUCAUCAUUCAUGCUCCCUUCAUCAUUCAUGCUCCCUUCAUCAUCCAUGCUCCCUUCAUCAUCCAUGCUCCCUUCAUCAUCCAUGCUCCCUUCAUCAUUCAUGCUCCCUUCAUCAUUCAUGCUCCCUUCAUCAUUCAUGCUCCCUUCAUCAUUCAUGCUCCCUUCAUCAUCCAUGCUCCCUUCAUCAUCCAUGCUCCCUUCAUCAUUCAUGCUCCCUUCAUCAUUCAUGCUCCCUUCAUCAUCCAUGCUCCCUUCAUCAUUCAUGCUCCCUUCAUCAUUCAUGCUCCCUUCAUCAUCCAUGCUCCCUUCAUCAUUCAUGCUCCCUUCAUCAUUCAUGCUCCCUUCAUCAUCCAUGCUCCCUUCAUCAUUCAUGCUCCCUUCAUCAUUCAUGCUCCCUUCAUCAUUCCUCCCUUCAUCAUUCAUGCUCCCUUCAUCAUCCAUGCUCCCUUCAUCAUCCAUGCUCCCUUCAUCAUUCAUGCUCCCUUCAUCAUUCAUGCUCCCUUCAUCAUCCAUGCUCCCUUCAUCAUCCAUGCUCCCUUCAUCAUUCAUGCUCCCUUCAUCAUUCAUGCUCCCUUCAUCAUCCAUGCUCCCUUCAUCAUCCAUGCUCCCUUCAUCAUCCAUGCUCCCUUCAUCAUUCAUGCUCCCUUCAUCAUCCAUGCUCCCUUCAUCAUCCAUGCUCCCUUCAUCAUCCAUGCUCCCUUCAUCAUCCAUGCUCCCUUCAUCAUCAAUGCUCACUUCAUCAUUCAUGCUCCCUUCAUCAUUCAUGCUCCCUUCAUCAUUCAUGCUCCCUUCAUCAUCCAUGCUCCCUUCAUCAUCCAUGCUCCCUUCAUCAUUCAUGCUCCCUUCAUCAUCCAUGCUCCCUUCAUCAUUCAUGCUCCCUUCAUCAUCCAUGCUCCCUUCAUCAUCCAUGCUCCCUUCAUCAUUCAUGCUCCCUUCAUCAUCCAUGCUCCCUUCAUCAUUCAUGCUCCCUUCAUCAUUCAUGCUCCCUUCAUCAUCCAUGCUCCCUUCAUCAUUCAUGCUCCCUUCAUCAUUCAUGCUCCCUUCAUCAUCCAUGCCUCCCUCAUCAUCCAUGCUCCCUUCAUCAUCCAUGCUCCCUUCAUCAUUCAUGCUCCCUUCAUCAUUCAUGCUCCCUUCAUCAUUCAUGCUCCCUUCAUCAUCCAUGCUCCCUUCAUCAUUCAUGCUCCCUUCAUCAUCCAUGCUCCCUUCAUCAUCCAUGCUCCCUUCAUCAUCCAUGCUCCCUUCAUCAUCCAUGCUCCCUUCAUCAUCCAUGCUCCCUUCAUCAUUCAUGCUCCCUUCAUCAUUCAUGCUCCCUUCAUCAUCCAUGCUCCCUUCAUCAUCCAUGCUCCCUUCAUCAUUCAUGCUCCCUUCAUCAUUCAUGCUCCCUUCAUCAUCCAUGCUCCCUUCAUCAUCCAUGCUCCCUUCAUCAUCCAUGCUCCCUUCAUCAUUCAUGCGCUCCCCUUCAUCAUUCAUGCCCUUCAUCAUCCAUGCUCCCCUUCAUCAUUCAUGCUCCCUUCAUCAUUCAUGCUCCCUUCAUCAUUCAUGCUCCCUUCAUCAUUCAUGCUCCCUUCAUCAUCCAUGCUCCCUUCAUCAUCCAUGCUCCCUUCAUCAUUCAUGCUCCCUUCAUCAUCCUGCCCUUCAUCAUCCAUGCUCCCUUCAUCAUCCAUGCUCCCUUCAUCAUCCAUGCUCCCUUCAUCAUCCAUGCUCCCUUCAUCAUCCAUGCUCCCUUCAUCAUUCAUGCUCCCUUCAUCAUUCAUGCUCCCUUCAAUAUCAUGCCUCCUCCACCUCAUCCACAUGCUCCCUUCAUCAUCCAUGCUCCCUUCAUCAUCCAUGCUCCCUUCAUCAUCCAUGCUCCCUUCAUCAUCCAUGCUCCCUUCAUCAUCCAUGCUCCCUUCAUCAUCCAUGCUCCCUUCAUCAUUCAUGCUCCCUUCAUCAUUCAUGCUCCCUUCAUCAUUCAUGCUCCCUUCAUCAUCCAUGCUCCCUUCAUCAUCCAUGCUCCCUUCAUCAUCCAUGCUCCCUUCAUCAUUCAUGCUCCCUUCAUCAUCCAUGCUCCCUUCAUCAUCCAUGCUCCCUUCAUCAUUCAUGCUCCCUUCAUCAUCCAUGCUCCCUUCAUCAUCCAUGCUCCCUUCAUCAUUCAUGCUCCCUUCAUCAUUCAUGCUCCCUUCAUCAUCACUGCUCCCUUCAUCAUCCAUGCUCCCUUCAUCAUCCAUGCUCCCUUCAUCAUCCAUGCUCCCUUCAUCAUUCAUGCUCCCUUCAUCAUUCAUGCUCCCCUUCAUCCCAUGCUCCUUCAUCAUCCAUGAUCCCUUCAUCAUCCAUGCUCCCUUCAUCAUUCAUGCUCCCUUCAUCAUUCAUGCUCCCUUCAUCAUCCAUGCUCCCUUCAUCAUCCAUGCUCCCUUCAUCAUCCAUGCUCCCUUCAUCAUCCAUGCUCCCUUCAUCAUCCAUGCUCCCUUCAUCAUCCAUGCUCCCUUCAUCAUUCAUGCUCCCUUCAUCAUUCAUGCUCCCUUCAUCAUUCAUGCUCCCUUCAUCAUUCAUGCUCCCUUCAUCAUCCAUGCUCCCUUCAUCAUCCAUGCUCCCUUCAUCAUUCAUGCUCCCUUCAUCAUCCAUGCUCCCCUUCACAUCCAUGCUCCCUUCAUCAUUCCAUGCUCCCUUCAUCAUAUCCAUGCUCUUAUCAUUCAUGCUCCCCUUCAUCAUUCAUGCUCCCUUCAUCAUCCAUGCUCCCUUCAUCAUUCAUGCUCCCUUCAUCAUUCAUGCUCCCUUCAUCAUUCAUGCUCCCUUCAUCAUUCAUGCUCCCUUCAUCAUCCAUGCUCCCUUCAUCAUCCAUGCUCCCUUCAUCAUUCAUGCUCCCUUCAUCAUCCAUGCUCCCUUCAUCAUCCAUGCUCCCUUCAUCAUCCAUGCUCCCUUCAUCAUUCAUGCUCCCUUCAUCAUCCAUGCUCCCUUCAUCAUCCAUGCUCCCUUCAUCAUUCAUGCUCCCUUCAUCAUUCAUGCUCCCUUCAUCAUCCAUGCUCCCUUCAUCAUCCAUGCUCCCUUCAUCAUUCAUGCUCCCUUCAUCAUUCAUGCUCCCUUCAUCAUCCAUGCUCCCUUCAUCAUCCAUGCUCCCUUCAUCAUCCAUGCUCCCUUCAUCAUUCAUGCUCCCUUCAUCAUUCAUGCUCCCUUCAUCAUUCAUGCUCCCUUCAUCAUUCAUGCUCCCUUCAUCAUCCAUGCUCCCUUCAUCAUCCAUGCUCCCUUCAUCAUUCAUGCUCCCUUCAUCAUUCAUGCUCCCUUCAUCAUCCAUGCUCCCUUCAUCAUUCAUGCUCCCUUCAUCAUUCAUGCUCCCUUCAUCAUCCAUGCUCCCUUCAUCAUUCAUGCUCCCUUCAUCAUUCAUGCUCCCUUCAUCCUCAUGCUCCCUUCAUCAUUCAUGCUCCCUUCAUCAUUCAUGCUCCCUUCAUCAUUCAUGCUCCCUUCAUCAUUCAUGCUCCCUUCAUCAUCCAUGCUCCCUUCAUCAUCCAUGCUCCCUUCAUCAUUCAUGCUCCCUUCAUCAUUCAUGCUCCCUUCAUCAUCCAUGCUCCCUUCAUCAUCCAUGCUCCCUUCAUCAUUCAUGCUCCCUUCAUCAUUCAUGCUCCCUUCAUCAUUCAUGCUCCCUUCAUCAUUCAUGCUCCCGUUCAUAUCCAUGCUCCCUUCAUCAUCCAUGCUCCCUUCAUCAUUCAUGCUCCCUUCAUCAUUCAUGCUCCCUUCAUCAUUCAUGCUCCCUUCAUCAUUCAUGCUCCCUUCAUCAUCCAUGCUCCCUUCAUCAUCCAUGCUCCCUUCAUCAUUCAUGCUCCCUUCAUCAUUCAUGCUCCCUUCAUCAUUCAUGCUCCCUUCAUCAUUCAUGCUCCCUUCAUCAUUCAUGCUCCCUUCAUCAUCCAUGCUCCCUUCAUCAUCCAUGCUCCCUUCAUCAUUCAUGCUCCCUUCAUCAUCCAUGCUCCCUUCAUCAUCCAUGCUCCCUUCAUCAUCCAUUCACCCUUCAUCAUUCAUGCUCCCUUCAUCAUUCAUGCUCCCUUCAUCAUUCAUGCUCCCUUCAUCAUUCAUGCUCCCUUCAUCAUUCAUGCUCCCUUCAUCAUCCAUGCUCCCUUCAUCAUUCAUGCUCCCUUCAUCAUCCAUGCUCCCUUCAUCAUCCAUGCUCAUUCAUUUCAUUCAUGCGUCCUCAUCAUCCUGCUCCCUUCAUCAUUCAUGCUCCCUUCAUCAUCCAUGCUCCCUUCAUCAUUCAUGCUCAUCCAUGCUCCCUUCAUCAUUCAUGCUCCCUUCAUCAUUCAUGCUCCCUUCAUCAUUCAUGCUCCCUUCAUCAUUCAUGCUCCCUUCAUCAUUCAUGCUCCCUUCAUCAUCCAUGCUCCCUUCAUCAUCCAUGCUCCCUUCAUCAUCCAUGCUCCCUUCAUCAUCCAUGCUCCCUUCAUCAUUCAUGCUCCCUUCAUCAUUCAUGCUCCCUUCAUCAUUCAUGCUCCCUUCAUCAUCCAUGCUCCCUUCAUCAUCCAUGCUCCCUUCAUCAUUCAUGCUCCCUUCAUCAUUCAUGCUCCCUUCAUCAUCCAUGCUCCCUUCAUCAUUCAUGCUCCCUUCAUCAUUCAUGCUCCCUUCAUCAUCCAUGCUCCCUUCAUCAUCCAUGCUCCCUUCAUCAUCCAUGCUCCCUUCAUCAUCCAUGCUCCCUUCAUCAUCCAUGCUCCCUUCAUCAUUCAUGCUCCCUUCAUCAUCCAUGCUCCCUUCAUCAUCCAUGCUCCCUUCAUCAUCCAUGCUCCCUUCAUCAUCCAUGCUCCCUUCAUCAUCCAUGCUCCCUUCAUCAUUCAUGCUCCCUUCAUCAUCCAUGCUCCCUUCAUCAUCCAUGCUCCCUUCAUCAUUCAUGCUCCCUUCAUCAUUCAUGCUCCCUUCAUCAUCCAUGCUCCCUUCAUCAUCCAUGCUCCCUUCAUCAUUCAUGCUCCCUUCAUCAUUCAUGCUCCCUUCAUCAUCCAUGCUCCCUUCAUCAUCCAUGCUCCCUUCAUCAUCCAUGCUCCCUUCAUCAUCCAUGCUCCCUUCAUCAUUCAUGCUCCCUUCAUCAUUCAUGCUCCCUUCAUCAUCCAUGCUCCCUUCAUCAUUCAUGCUCCCUUCAUCAUUCAUGCUCAAUUCAUCAUCCAUGCUCCCUUCAUCAUUCAUGCUCCCUUCAUCAUCCAUGCUCCCUUCAUCAUCCAUGCUCCCUUCAUCAUUCAUGCUCCCUUCAUCAUUCAUGCUCCCUUCAUCAUCCAUGCUCCCUUCAUCAUCCAUGCUCCCUUCAUCAUUCAUGCUCCCUUCAUCAUUCAUGCUCCCUUCAUCAUUCAUGCUCCCUUCAUCAUUCAUGCUCCCUUCAUCAUUCAUGCUCCCUUCAUCAUCCAUGCUCCCUUCAUCAUCCAUGCUCCCUUCAUCAUCCAUGCUCCCUUCAUCAUUCAUGCUCCCUUCAUCAUUCAUGCUCCCUUCAUCAUCCAUGCUCCCUUCAUCAUUCAUGCUCCCUUCAUCAUUCAUGCUCCCUUCAUCAUCCAUGCUCCCUUCAUCAUUCAUGCUCCCUUCAUCAUUCAUGCUCCCUUCAUCAUCCAUGCUCCCUUCAUCAUCAUUGCUCCCCUUCAUCAUUCAUGCUCCCUUCAUCAUCCAUGCUCCCUUCAUCAUUCAUGCUCCCUUCAUCAUCCAUGCUCCCUUCAUCAUCCAUGCUCCCUUCAUCAUCCAUGCUCCCUUCAUCAUUCAUGCUCCCUUCAUCAUCCAUGCUCCCUUCAUCAUUCAUGCUCCCUUCAUCAUUCAUGCUCCCUUCAUCAUCCAUGCUCCCUUCAUCAUCCAUGCUCCCUUCAUCAUCCAUGCUCCCUUCAUCAUUCAUGCUCCCUUCAUCAUCCAUGCUCCCUUCAUCAUCCAUGCUCCCUUCAUCAUUCAUGCUCCCUUCAUCAUCCAUGCUCCCUUCAUCAUCCAUGCUCCCUUCAUCAUUCAUGCUCCCUUCAUCAUCCAUGCUCCCUUCAUCAUCCAUGCUCCCUUCAUCAUUCAUGCUCCCUUCAUCAUCCAUGCUCCCUUCAUCAUCCAUGCUCCCUUCAUCAUCCAUGCUCCCUUCAUCAUUCAUGCUCCCUUCAUCAUCCAUGCUCCCUUCAUCAUUCAUGCUCCCUUCAUCAUUCAUGCUCCCUUCAUCAUCCAUGCUCCCUUCAUCAUUCAUGCUCCCUUCAUCAUUCAUGCUCCCUUCAUCAUCCAUGCUCCCUUCAUCAUCCAUGCUCCCUUCAUCAUUCAUGCUCCCUUCAUCAUUCAUGCUCCCUUCAUCAUCCAUGCUCCCUUCAUCAUCCAUGCUCCCUUCAUCAUCCAUGCUCCCUUCAUCAUCCAUGCUCCCUUCAUCAUUCAUGCUCCCUUCAUCAUUCAUGCUCCCUUCAUCAUCCAUGCUCCCUUCAUCAUUCAUGCUCCCUUCAUCAUUCAUGCUCAAUUCAUCAUCCAUGCUCCCUUCAUCAUUCAUGCUCCCUUCAUCAUCCAUGCUCCCUUCAUCAUCCAUGCUCCCUUCAUCAUUCAUGCUCCCUUCAUCAUUCAUGCUCCCUUCAUCAUCCAUGCUCCCUUCAUCAUCCAUGCUCCCUUCAUCAUUCAUGCUCCCUUCAUCAUCAUGCUGCCUUCAUCAUUCAUGCUCCCCUUCAUCAUUCAUGCUCCCUUCAUCAUUCAUGCUCCCUUCAUCAUUCAUGCUCCCUUCAUCAUCCAUGCUCCCUUCAUCAUCCAUGCUCCCUUCAUCAUCCAUGCUCCCUUCAUCAUUCAUGCUCCCUUCAUCAUUCAUGCUCCCUUCAUCAUCCAUGCUCCCUUCAUCAUUCAUGCUCCCUUCAUCAUUCAUGCUCCCUUCAUCAUCCAUGCUCCCUUCAUCAUUCAUGCUCCCUUCAUCAUUCAUGCUCCCUUCAUCAUCCAUGCUCCCUUCAUCAUUCAUGCUCCCUUCAUCAUUCAUGCUCCCUUCAUCAUUCAUGCUCCCUUCAUCAUUCAUGCUCCCUUCAUCAUCCAUGCUCCCUUCAUCAUUCAUGCUCCCUUCAUCAUUCAUGCUCCCUUCAUCAUUCAUGCUCCCUUCAUCAUUCAUGCUCCCUUCAUCAUCCAUGCUCCCUUCAUCAUUCAUGCUCCCUUCAUCAUCCAUGCUCCCUUCAUCAUUCAUGCUCCCUUCAUCAUUCAUGCUCCCUUCAUCAUUCAUGCUCCCUUCAUCAUUCAUGCUCCCUUCAUCAUUCAUGCUCCCUUCAUCAUCCAUGCUCCCUUCAUCAUUCAUGCUCCCUUCAUCAUUCAUGCUCCCUUCAUCAUUCAUGCUCCCUUCAUCAUUCAUGCUCCCUUCAUCAUUCAUGCUCCCUUCAUCAUUCAUGCUCCCUUCAUCAUUCAUGCUCCCUUCAUCAUUCAUGCUCCCUUCAUCAUUCAUGCUCCCUUCAUCAUUCAUGCUCCCUUCAUCAUUCAUGCUCCCUUCAUCAUUCAUGCUCCCUUCAUCAUUCAUGCUCCCUUCAUCAUUCAUGCUCCCUUCAUCAUUCAUGCUCCCUUCAUCAUUCAUGCUCCCUUCAUCAUUCAUGCUCCCUUCAUCAUUCAUGCUCCCUUCAUCAUUCAUGCUCCCUUCAUCAUUCAUGCUCCCUUCAUCAUUCAUGCUCCCUUCAUCAUCCAUGCUCCCUUCAUCAUUCAUGCUCCCUUCAUCAUUCAUGCUCCCUUCAUCAUUCAUGCUCCCUUCAUCAUUCAUGCUCCCUUCAUCAUCCAUGCUCCCUUCAUCAUUCAUGCUCCCUUCAUCAUUCAUGCUCCCUUCAUCAUUCAUGCUCCCUUCAUCAUCCAUGCUCCCUUCAUCAUUCAUGCUCCCUUCAUCAUUCAUGCUCCCUUCAUCAUCCAUGCUCCCUUCAUCAUCCAUGCUCCCUUCAUCAUCCAUGCUCCCUUCAUCAUUCAUGCUCCCUUCAUCAUUCAUGCUCCCUUCAUCAUUCAUGCUCCCUUCAUCAUCCAUGCUCCCUUCAUCAUUCAUGCUCCCUUCAUCAUUCAUGCUCCCUUCAUCAUCCAUGCUCCCUUCAUCAUCCAUGCUCCCUUCAUCAUCCAUGCUCCCUUCAUCAUCCAUGCUCCCUUCAUCAUCCAUGCUCCCUUCAUCAUUCAUGCUCCCUUCAUCAUCCAUGCUCCCUUCAUCAUUCAUGCUCCCUUCAUCAUCCAUGCUCCCUUCAUCAUCCAUGCUCCCUUCAUCAUCCAUGCUCCCUUCAUCAUCCAUGCUCCCUUCAUCAUUCAUGCUCCCUUCAUCAUUCAUGCUCCCUUCAUCAUCCAUGCUCCCUUCAUCAUUCAUGCUCCCUUCAUCAUUCAUGCCUCCCCUUCACAUUCAUCUCCCUUCAUCAUUCAUUCUCCCUUCAUCAUUCAUGCUCCCUUCAUCAUUCAUGCUCCCUUCAUCAUUCAUGCUCCCUUCAUCAUCCAUGCUCCCUUCAUCAUUCAUGCUCCCUUCAUCAUUCAUGCUCCCUUCAUCAUCCAUGCUCCCUUCAUCAUUCAUGCUCCCUUCAUCAUUCAUGCUCCCCUUCAGCAUCCAUGCUCCCUUCAUCAUUCAUGCUCCCUUCAUCAUUCAUGCUCCCUUCAUCAUCCAUGCUCCCUUCAUCAUUCAUUUUCUCCCCUUCAUCAUUCAUGCUCCCUUCAUCAUCCAUGCUCCCUUCAUCAUCCAUGCUCCCUUCAUCAUCCAUGCUCCCUUCAUCAUUCAUGCUCCCUUCAUCAUCCAUGCUCCCUUCAUCAUUCAUGCUCCCUUCAUCAUCCAUGCUCCCUUCAUCAUCCAUGCUCCCUUCAUCAUCCAUGCUCCCUUCAUCAUCCAUGCUCCCUUCAUCAUUCAUGCUCCCUUCAUCAUUCAUGCUCCCUUCAUCAUCCAUGCUCCCCUUCAUUCAUUCAUGCCCCCUUCAUCAUUCAUGCUCCCUUCAUCAUUCAUGCUCCCUUCAUCAUUCAUGCUCCCUUCAUCAUUCAUGCUCCCUUCAUCAUUCAUGCUCCCUUCAUCAUUCAUGCUCCCUUCAUCAUCCAUGCUCCCUUCAUCAUUCAUGCUCCCUUCAUCAUUCAUGCUCCCUUCAUCAUCCAUGCUCCCUUCAUCAUUCAUGCUCCCUUCAUCAUUCAGCUCCCCUUCAGCACCAUGCUCCCUUCAUCAUUCAUGCUCCCUUCAUCAUUCAUGCUCCCUUCAUCAUCCAUGCUCCCUUCAUCAUUCAUGCUCCCUUCAUCAUUCAUGUCCCCCUUCAUCAUCCAUGCUCCCUUCAUCAUCCAUGCUCCCUUCAUCAUCCAUGCUCCCUUCAUCAUUCAUGCUCCCUUCAUCAUCCAUGCUCCCUUCAUCAUUCAUGCUCCCUUCAUCAUUCAUGCUCCCUUCAUCAUCCAUGCUCCCUUCAUCAUCCAUGCUCCCUUCAUCAUCCAUGCUCCCUUCAUCAUUCAUGCUCCCUUCAUCAUCCAUGCUCCCUUCAUCAUCCAUGCUCCCUUCAUCAUUCAUGCUCCCUUCAUCAUCCAUGCUCCCUUCAUCAUCCAUGCUCCCUUCAUCAUUCAUGCUCCCUUCAUCAUCCAUGCUCCCUUCAUCAUCCAUGCUCCCUUCAUCAUUCAUGCUCCCUUCAUCAUCCAUGCUCCCUUCAUCAUCCAUGCUCCCUUCAUCAUCCAUGCUCCCUUCAUCAUUCAUGCUCCCUUCAUCAUCCAUGCUCCCUUCAUCAUUCAUGCUCCCUUCAUCAUUCAUGCUCCCUUCAUCAUCCAUGCUCCCUUCAUCAUUCAUGCUCCCUUCAUCAUUCAUGCUCCCUUCAUCAUCCAUGCUCCCUUCAUCAUCCAUGCUCCCUUCAUCAUUCAUGCUCCCUUCAUCAUUCAUGCUCCCUUCAUCAUCCAUGCUCCCUUCAUCAUCCAUGCUCCCUUCAUCAUCCAUUCUCCUUCAUCAUCCAUGCUCCCUUCAUCAUUCAUGCUCCCUUCAUCAUUCAUGCUCCCUUCAUCAUCCAUGCUCCCUUCAUCAUUCAUGCUCCCUUCAUCAUUCUGCUCAAUCAUCAUCCAUGCUCCCUUCAUCAUUCAUGCUCCCUUCAUCAUCCAUGCUCCCUUCAUCAUCCAUGCUCCCUUCAUCAUUCAUGCUCCCUUCAUCAUUCAUGCUCCCUUCAUCAUCCAUGCUCCCUUCAUCAUCCAUGCUCCCUUCAUCAUCCAUGCUCCCUUCAUCAUUCAUGCUCCCUUCAUCAUUCAUGCUCCCCUUAUCAUUCAUGCUCCCUUCAUCAUUCAUGCUCCCUUCAUCAUUCAUGCUCCCCUUCUCAUCCAUGCUCCCUUCAUCAUCCAUGCUCCCUUCAUCAUCCAUGCUCCCUUCAUCAUUCAUGCUCCCUUCAUCAUUCAUGCUCCCUUCAUCAUCCAUGCUCCCUUCAUCAUUCAUGCUCCCUUCAUCAUUCAUGCUCCCUUCAUCAUCCAUGCUCCCUUCAUCAUCCAUGCUCCCUUCAUCAUUCAUGCUCCCUUCAUCAUCCAUGCUCCCUUCAUCAUUCAUGCUCCCUUCAUCAUUCAUGCUCCCUUCAUCAUCCAUGCUCCCUUCAUCAUUCAUGCUCCCUUCAUCAUCCAUGCUCCCUUCAUCAUCCAUGCUCCCUUCAUCAUCCAUGCUCCCUUCAUCAUUCAUGCUCCCUUCAUCAUCCAUGCUCCCUUCAUCAUCCAUGCUCCCUUCAUCAUUCAUGCUCCCUUCAUCAUUCAUGCUCCCUUCAUCAUCCAUGCUCCCUUCAUCAUUCAUUGCUCCCCUUCAUCAUUCAUGCUCCCCUUCAUCAUCCAUGCUCCUUCAUCAUCCAUGCUCCCUUCAUCAUUCAUGCUCCCUUCAUCAUUCAUGCUCCCUUCAUCAUCCAUGCUCCCUUCAUCAUCCAUGCUCCCUUCAUCAUCCAUGCUCCCUUCAUCAUUCAUGCUCCCUUCAUCAUUCAUGCUCCCUUCAUCAUCCAUGCUCCCUUCAUCAUUCAUGCUCCCUUCAUCAUCCAUGCUCCCUUCAUCAUCCAUGCUCCCUUCAUCAUUCAUGCUCCCUUCAUCAUUCAUGCUCCCUUCAUCAUCCAUGCUCCCUUCAUCAUCCAUGCUCCCUUCAUCAUUCAUGCUCCCUUCAUCAUUCAUGCUCCCUUCAUCAUCCAUGCUCCCUUCAUCAUCCAUGCUCCCUUCAUCAUCCAUGCUCCCUUCAUCAUCCAUGCUCCCUUCAUCAUUCAUGCUCCCUUCAUCAUUCAUGCUCCCUUCAUUUCAUCAUCUCCCCUUCAUCAUUCAUGCUCCCUUCAUCAUUCAUGCUCCCUUCAUCAUUCAUGCUCCCUUCAUCAUUCAUGCUCCCUUCAUCAUUCAUGCUCCCUUCAUCAUUCAUGCUCCCUUCAUCAUUCAUGCUCCCUUCAUCAUCCAUGCUCCCUUCAUCAUCCAUGCUCCCUUCAUCAUCCAUGCUCCCUUCAUCAUCCAUGCUCCCUUCAUCAUUCAUGCUCCCUUCAUCAUUCAUGCUCCCUUCAUCAUUCAUGCUCCCUUCAUCAUUCAUGCUCCCUUCAUCAUUCAUGCUCCCUUCAUCAUUCAUGCUCCCUUCAUCAUCCAUGCUCCCUUCAUCAUCCAUGCUCCCUUCAUCAUCCAUGCUCCCUUCAUCAUCCAUGCUCCCUUCAUCAUUCAUGCUCCCUUCAUCAUUCAUGCUCCCUUCAUCAUCCAUGCUCCCUUCAUCAUUCAUGCUCCCUUCAUCAUCCAUGCUCCCUUCAUCAUUCAUGCUCCCUUCAUCAUUCAUGCUCCCUUCAUCAUCCAUGCUCCCUUCAUCAUUCAUGCUCCCUUCAUCAUUCAUGCUCCCUUCAUCAUCCAUGCUCCCUUCAUCAUUCAUGCUCCCUUCAUCAUUCAUGCUCCCUUCAUCAUCCAUGCUCCCUUCAUCAUUCAUGCUCCCUUCAUCAUUCAUGCUCCCUUCAUCAUCCAUGCUCCCUUCAUCAUCCAUGCUCCCUUCAUCAUCCAUGCUCCCUUCAUCAUUCAUGCUCCCUUCAUCAUUCAUGCUCCCUUCAUCAUCCAUGCUCCCUUCAUCAUCCAUGCUCCCUUCAUCAUUCAUGCUCCCUUCAUCAUUCAUGCUCCCUUCAUCAUCCAUGCUCCCUUCAUCAUUCAUGCUCCCUUCAUCAUCCAUGCUCCCUUCAUCAUCCAUGCUCCCUUCAUCAUCCAUGCUCCCUUCAUCAUUCAUGCUCCCUUCAUCAUCCAUGCUCCCUUCAUCAUUCAUGCUCCCUUCAUCAUUCAUGCUCCCUUCAUCAUUCAUGCUCCCUUCAUCAUCCAUGCUCCCUUCAUCAUCCAUGCUCCCUUCAUCAUUCAUGCUCCCUUCAUCAUUCAUGCUCCCUUCAUCAUCCAUGCUCCCUUCAUCAUUCAUGCUCCCUUCAUCAUUCAUGCUCCCUUCAUCAUCCAUGCUCCCUUCAUCAUCCAUGCUCCCUUCAUCAUCCAUGCUCCCUUCAUCAUCCAUGCUCCCUUCAUCAUUCAUGCUCCCUUCAUCAUUCAUGCUCCCUUCAUCAUUCAUGCUCCCUUCAUCAUCCAUGCUCCCUUCAUCAUUCAUGCUCCCUUCAUCAUUCAUGCUCCCUUCAUCAUCCAUGCUCCCUUCAUCAUUCAUGCUCCCUUCAUCAUCCAUGCUCCCUUCAUCAUCCAUGCUCCCUUCAUCAUCCAUGCUCCCUUCAUCAUUCAUGCUCCCUUCAUCAUCCAUGCUCCCUUCAUCAUCCAUGCUCCCUUCAUCAUUCAUGCUCCCUUCAUCAUUCAUGCUCCCUUCAUCAUUCAUGCUCCCUUCAUCAUUCAUGCUCCCUUCAUCAUCCAUGCUCCCUUCAUCAUUCAUGCUCCCUUCAUCAUUCAUGCUCCCUUCAUCAUUCAUGCUCCCUUCAUCAUUCAUGCUCCCUUCAUCAUUCAUGCUCCCUUCAUCAUUCAUGCUCCCUUCAUCAUUCAUGCUCCCUUCAUCAUUCAUGCUCCCUUCAUCAUUCAUGCUCCCUUCAUCAUUCAUGCUCCCUUCAUCAUCCAUGCUCCCUUCAUCAUUCAUGCUCCCUUCAUCAUUCAUGCUCCCUUCAUCAUUCAUGCUCCCUUCAUCAUUCAUGCUCCCUUCAUCAUUCAUGCUCCCUUCAUCAUUCAUGCUCCCUUCAUCAUCCAUGCUCCCUUCAUCAUCCAUGCUCCCUUCAUCAUCCAUGCUCCCUUCAUCAUCCAUGCUCCCUUCAUCAUCCAUGCUCCCUUCAUCAUUCAUGCUCCCUUCAUCAUUCAUGCUCCCUUCAUCAUUCAUGCUCCCUUCAUCAUUCAUGCUCCCUUCAUCAUUCAUGCUCCCUUCAUCAUUCAUGCUCCCUUCAUCAUUCAUGCUCCCUUCAUCAUUCAUGCUCCCUUCAUCAUUCAUGCUCCCUUCAUCAUUCAUGCUCCCUUCAUCAUCCAUGCUCCCUUCAUCAUCCAUGCUCCCUUCAUCAUUCAUGCUCCCUUCAUCAUUCAUGCUCCCUUCAUCAUUCAUGCUCCCUUCAUCAUUCAUGCUCCCUUCAUCAUCCAUGCUCCCUUCAUCAUUCAUGCUCCCUUCAUCAUCCAUGCUCCCUUCAUCAUUCAUGCUCCCUUCAUCAUUCAUGCUCCCUUCAUCAUUCAUGCUCCCUUCAUCAUUCAUGCUCCCUUCAUCAUUCAUGCUCCCUUCAUCAUUCAUGCUCCCUUCAUCAUUCAUGCUCCCUUCAUCAUCCAUGCUCCCUUCAUCAUCCAUGCUCCCUUCAUCAUCCAUGCUCCCUUCAUCAUUCAUGCUCCCUUCAUCAUUCAUGCUCCCUUCAUCAUUCAUGCUCCCUUCAUCAUUCAUGCUCCCUUCAUCAUUCAUGCUCCCUUCAUCAUUCAUGCUCCCUUCAUCAUUCAUGCUCCCUUCAUCAUUCAUGCUCCCUUCAUCAUUCAUGCUCCCUUCAUCAUUCAUGCUCCCUUCAUCAUUCAUGCUCCCUUCAUCAUUCAUGCUCCCUUCAUCAUUCAUGCUCCCUUCAUCAUUCAUGCUCCCUUCAUCAUUCAUGCUCCCUUCAUCAUUCAUGCUCCCUUCAUCAUCCAUGCUCCCUUCAUCAUUCAUGCUCCCUUCAUCAUCCAUGCUCCCUUCAUCAUUCAUGCUCCCUUCAUCAUUCAUGCUCCCUUCAUCAUUCAUGCUCCCUUCAUCAUUCAUGCUCCCUUCAUCAUUCAUGCUCCCUUCAUCAUUCAUGCUCCCUUCAUCAUUCAUGCUCCCUUCAUCAUUCAUGCUCCCUUCAUCAUUCAUGCUCCCUUCAUCAUUCAUGCUCCCUUCAUCAUCCAUGCUCCCUUCAUCAUUCAUGCUCCCUUCAUCAUUCAUGCUCCCUUCAUCAUUCAUGCUCCCUUCAUCAUUCAUGCUCCCUUCAUCAUUCAUGCUCCCUUCAUCAUUCAUGCUCCCUUCAUCAUUCAUGCUCCCUUCAUCAUUCAUGCUCCCUUCAUCAUUCAUGCUCCCUUCAUCAUUCAUGCUCCCUUCAUCAUUCAUGCUCCCUUCAUCAUUCAUGCUCCCUUCAUCAUUCAUGCUCCCUUCAUCAUUCAUGCUCCCUUCAUCAUUCAUGCUCCCUUCAUCAUUCAUGCUCCCUUCAUCAUUCAUGCUCCCUUCAUCAUUCAUGCUCCCUUCAUCAUUCAUGCUCCCUUCAUCAUUCAUGCUCCCUUCAUCAUUCAUGCUCCCUUCAUCAUUCAUGCUCCCUUCAUCAUUCAUGCUCCCUUCAUCAUUCAUGCUCCCUUCAUCAUUCAUGCUCCCUUCAUCAUUCAUGCUCCCUUCAUCAUUCAUGCUCCCUUCAUCAUUCAUGCUCCCUUCAUCAUUCAUGCUCCCUUCAUCAUUCAUGCUCCCUUCAUCAUUCAUGCUCCCUUCAUCAUUCAUGCUCCCUUCAUCAUUCAUGCUCCCUUCAUCAUUCAUGCUCCCUUCAUCAUUCAUGCUCCCUUCAUCAUUCAUGCUCCCUUCAUCAUUCAUGCUCCCUUCAUCAUCCAUGCUCCCUUCAUCAUCCAUGCUCCCUUCAUCAUCCAUGCUCCCUUCAUCAUUCAUGCUCCCUUCAUCAUUCAUGCUCCCUUCAUCAUUCAUGCUCCCUUCAUCAUUCAUGCUCCCUUCAUCAUUCAUGCUCCCUUCAUCAUUCAUGCUCCCUUCAUCAUUCAUGCUCCCUUCAUCAUUCAUGCUCCCUUCAUCAUUCAUGCUCCCUUCAUCAUUCAUGCUCCCUUCAUCAUUCAUGCUCCCUUCAUCAUUCAUGCUCCCUUCAUCAUUCAUGCUCCCUUCAUCAUUCAUGCUCCCUUCAUCAUCCAUGCUCCCUUCAUCAUCCAUGCUCCCUUCAUCAUUCAUGCUCCCUUCAUCAUUCAUGCUCCCUUCAUCAUUCAUGCUCCCUUCAUCAUUCAUGCUCCCUUCAUCAUCCAUGCUCCCUUCAUCAUCCAUGCUCCCUUCAUCAUCCAUGCUCCCUUCAUCAUUCAUGCUCCCUUCAUCAUUCAUGCUCCCUUCAUCAUUCAUGCUCCCUUCAUCAUUCAUGCUCCCUUCAUCAUUCAUGCUCCCUUCAUCAUUCAUGCUCCCUUCAUCAUUCAUGCUCCCUUCAUCAUUCAUGCUCCCUUCAUCAUUCAUGCUCCCUUCAUCAUUCAUGCUCCCUUCAUCAUUCAUGCUCCCUUCAUCAUUCAUGCUCCCUUCAUCAUUCAUGCUCCCUUCAUCAUUCAUGCUCCCUUCAUCAUUCAUGCUCCCUUCAUCAUUCAUGCUCCCUUCAUCAUUCAUGCUCCCUUCAUCAUUCAUGCUCCCUUCAUCAUUCAUGCUCCCUUCAUCAUCCAUGCUCCCUUCAUCAUCCAUGCUCCCUUCAUCAUCCAUGCUCCCUUCAUCAUUCAUGCUCCCUUCAUCAUUCAUGCUCCCUUCAUCAUUCAUGCUCCCUUCAUCAUUCAUGCUCCCUUCAUCAUUCAUGCUCCCUUCAUCAUUCAUGCUCCCUUCAUCAUUCAUGCUCCCUUCAUCAUUCAUGCUCCCUUCAUCAUUCAUGCUCCCUUCAUCAUUCAUGCUCCCUUCAUCAUUCAUGCUCCCUUCAUCAUUCAUGCUCCCUUCAUCAUUCAUGCUCCCUUCAUCAUUCAUGCUCCCUUCAUCAUUCAUGCUCCCUUCAUCAUCCAUGCUCCCUUCAUCAUCCAUGCUCCCUUCAUCAUCCAUGCUCCCUUCAUCAUCCAUGCUCCCUUCAUCAUUCAUGCUCCCUUCAUCAUUCAUGCUCCCUUCAUCAUCCAUGCUCCCUUCAUCAUCCAUGCUCCCUUCAUCAUCCAUGCUCCCUUCAUCAUCCAUGCUCCCUUCAUCAUCCAUGCUCCCUUCAUCAUUCAUGCUCCCUUCAUCAUUCAUGCUCCCUUCAUCAUUCAUGCUCCCUUCAUCAUUCAUGCUCCCUUCAUCAUUCAUGCUCCCUUCAUCAUUCAUGCUCCCUUCAUCAUUCAUGCUCUUGCGAUGGUUUAG